CGAAGACGAAGAAGAAGCGAUCGUUGUCAUCGUCUUCUGCUUCAAGAGACACCUAAACGUUACGCUCAGGGGCGAUUUACCACAGAGAUGUGAUUACUCAGCUCCACUCUGACGUGUCCAGUGAAUUCUGAGUGAGGUGCCACAGUUCAGAGACAUGGAAGAACAAGUCACAGACAACCAGCACAUCACAGCAGGUGAUGGUUACAAGCAGGAAGAAGCUCAUGCUGUUCUGAAACAACAAAAUCUACAAGUGACAUCAUCCGCUAAUGCAGAGGCUGAAAGUGACGAGGAAGAAGACAUACAGCAGCUUGCACUUCAAGCAGGUGAUGGUUACAAGCAGGAAGAACCGCAUGCUGUUCUGAAACAACAAAAUCUACAAGUGACAUCAUCAGCUAAUGCAGAGGCUGAAAGUGACGAGGAAGAAGACAUACAGCAGCUUGGACUCCAAGAUGAUGGAGGAAACGCUCAGAUUGCUUUAGCUUUGGAGACGGAAAAAGAGACACUAACCUCACCACAGGAGACUCCAGCAGAAGACAACAUAGUUGAACAGGCAAAUAAUGUUGAAACCACCGGUCGUGUCACUGAGCAUGAGACAACUGUGGAUAAAUUUACAAGGCCUAUUGCUGUUGGAAUUCUUGGAGGGUUCAACAAUGCUUCAGAAACAACAUCACCGAACCCUUGUGACAAACAGGGCGAAGAAGCGGAUGGAGUGAAAAGUCAACAUCUGCUUUUUGUGGCCACUGAACAAACAGUCAUAGAUGAUGGAGAUGCUCGGAAUGCUUUUGCUUUGGAGACGGAAAAUAAGACUGUAACCUCCUCAGCACAGGAGACUCCAGCAGAAGACAACAUAGUUGAACAGGCAAAUAAUGUUGAAACCACUGGUCGUGUCAAUGAGGAUAAUUUUACAAUGUCGGUGGCUGUUGGAAUUCUUGGAGGAAACAGAAGACUGUGGGCAGGCGCAGCCUUAAUUCUUCUCGUUGCCAUGCUGGUGCGUCUCCUCCACCCUAUGUCGCCACGUGAGAACAGUGAUGUGUUUCAAAUAGACAUCUUCCUCACGGAGCUGGAAAAAAUGAAGACUGAGUUCCCUAACCAGCGUCCUGACCUGUGGAAGAGGAGCCGGAUCCACCUCCAGAGACAUCUCCAGACAGUCCAGCCAACAGAGCCCGUCAGCCUCAUCCUGACUGCUGGCCUCAAAGGUGAGACGACGCUGCGCUGCCUGGCUCGUGGGCUAGGCUCCGCCUUCUCUUCUGCCCUCAAUGCUUCUGUCCUCCACAUCGAUGGAGCCAGCAAAGCCGGCCAGGACAGCGAUCAGGUCAAGCUCGACAUUGACAGUCAGUUACAGAGCGCUUUUGAUGGAAACAAACCGGUGGCUGUCAUUAACCGCUUCGACGAGCUACCUCCAGGCUCCACCCUCAUUUUCUAUCGCUACUGUGACCAUGAGAAUGCUGCUUUCAAGAAGACCUUUCUGAUCUUCACCGUUCUGCUGGCAGGAGAAGAGGAGAUUCCCCCUCAGAUGUGUUUGAAUGCCGUGGAGGAGAUGGUGGACGACUACCUUCAGACGAGGUUCCUGUCACAUGACCAUCCCAUUGCCUUUGACAGGAUGGACAUUAACAAGUACGGGGGACUGUGGAGUCGCAUUUCUCACCUCAUCCUGCCUGUGGCAGCAGAGGCAGCAGUGGAACAUGAAGGAUGUUAGCUCAGGGACAUGAUAGUAACAUCAGAAGCAAACACUUUGUUGAAGUUCUGGUCAAAGUGCCAAACUAGUGCGUGUGAGCACGACCCUCACAGGUCUCACCAACUCAGCCUGUAGGUGCGAUUAAAGGCUGAAAGACUUUGAUGAAUAGAUGAUCACAACACAUGAACAUCAUGUGGGAUGUGUAUUUUUUUUUAAAUUACACAUUUUUUAACAAAUGUGUGGCACUUUAUUUAUGAUUUUAAUGUAAUAAUGUAACUACAGACCAAAUGCAAAGUGAAUUAAGCGGGAAUGUUUUUAAAUUUAUGUGGAGAGAUUUGAUUGUGAAAGUUUCCCUUCAUGUAAAAAUGUAUUUAAUUUAAUUUUCCUGUAGAUAAUUUUGUUUAUAAAGACAAGAAAAUAUGGCACUUUUUUCUAUCACAGUACAGAUGAUUAUUUUAACAACAUCUUUUUGCAAAAAAAAUUACAGCUCUGGCACAGUGCACAGGAACUGAACUUUUUGUUUAAUUUUUUGGAUCACGUUACACUGGAGAAGGGUUUUUUUUUUCGGUUCUUUUUUAAUGGAGAAAAUCUGCUCAUGAAUGUGCCUUAAAGUACAAAUAAAAUAAAAGCUUGAUCUCCAGAA